GGGGCACAGCCAAUGGGCGCGGGGCCGCGGUGGGUGGGGCGUCGUUCAAACGCGGCGGUGCCGGGGCCGUGGCGGUCGUGUCGAAAUAAGGCCGACCAAGAACUGGAACAAGAUGGCAUCUGUGCUCCAAAAUGUAAAGGCAACGAUGGCCUGGCGAAAACACCAGCUCCUAGCUGACUUCGAUGAGAAUGAGAGUCCUGUACCUGACAAAUUCAAGAGAAGGGCUUCCUUCACUUCUCUCAAUUCCAUCUGCAUGUCUUUACGGAAGCGAGUACCAUUAAAGCAGGUACAGCUGAAUGUUCCUAAGACCUCUACUGGAAAACUGAGAGCAAGACAGAAGUGCCAAUCUCUUUAGAGUAUUAAAAGAACAGCAAAAAAUGCUUUUGGAACAGUGUCCCAGAAAAUACAGAAGUCUUGCCAAAGUCCAGUAGACUCAAUGGUGACCUUUCCAGUUGAAUCCAUCAGCAGAAGUUGUUCUACCAAGAAAAGAAGCACUACACCUCGAAGCCCUUGCCAUAAGAAGAGUGUUAUUCCAGCAGCCAAUUCCAAAGGCAGCACAAGAUCCAACAAAAGAGCCUUGCUUGGGCCAGCAUGGGUGUCAGAACAUAGAGAACGAAGGGGUUUCUCAUCCUGGUUUGGUAAAGAUGCUGUCUCUCUCCGGAGAUCAAGAAGAGCAGCAGCACUGAAGAGUCCUUAUUCAUCACCUGUGUCUGCCAGCAGAAACAUAGAGUUUGACUGCGAGUUGGAGCUGAUCUCCUCAGGGAUUUGCCAGUUGCAGCAUAUCUCCCAAGCAUUUGAUGAUGCCGUUGCGCAAGAGGAGAGGCAACAUGCAGUAUCAACCUACUACUGUCUAAUGGUAAAGUUUGUGCAUCAACCUCAAAGACUUUCUCAAGCUAUCAGAAGGCAAACGAAGAAACACCAUGCUGCACUUGGUACCUAGAGAUGUAACUACUGUUAGUUUAUGAGCACAUUCAAAGGAGAGCUCUGUAUAGGACUUGAAAGGGUGCAUUCUAUGCAUUGAACAAGGCAUUACAAUUAUGAUCUUUCCUGAUAAGGUAGGUCAGGACUUCCAUUGCUUUCGCUUUUCAAGUGAACAGGAGAAUCAGAGUUGUACAACUGUGUAUUUCUCUUGCUGAGAUGAGGUACCAUCUUGAAUGUGACUUUCAUAAGACAGUAAGUACUUUGAAACCUAUGUUGAACUGAUGAGUAGGAAUGGCCAGAGCAAGGGCCACAGACUAAGGAAGGAUGAUCAUAGAUAAUAGUAGUAGACUGGUAUCCAACUGCCAUGAGUUACAAUUGUGAGUACUUUGCAUACUGAAAGUACUGGUUCAUUAUUUUGAAAGCCUAACUUUUUUUUCUGUAUAUGAACAAACCCAAACCAAAAUGAAACAAUAGUGGCUUGAGUUGUGACCACAACUCCUGUUCCAAGGCAACAGGUUUCUGUGGAGUCACUCACUCACUCCUCAAGAGAGGAGCCACAUUAGGACUCUUAAUUCAUGGCUUUAAGGGUUGUUAUUAGAUAAGCCUGACUAAUCCCAUUUUAUGUAGUUGGGUUUCAGACAAAGCAGAGCAACUGUCACUUCUUGCUGCUGUUUUAGAUAGCAUAGGGACAGUUAAGCAUUGCUUUUUUACUAUACCAUCUGUCUUAGUUAUAUUCAGAAAUCAAUUACUAUAAUUAAUGUAACCUCUUACAACAGCUGUUACUGGCUAAUAUCAGAGUGCAUGUAUUUUAUGUGAUGAAGUCUACUAAGCAUUUGAUACCUGUAUUUUGCUUCUAACCGCUUUUAUUUUUUUUUUUUUUAAAGUAACAUUCACUUGACAAGCCUUUUUUGGUAGGUAAUUCAGUUUAAUAAAGUUUAGUCUUUCAAAUGAAAGCAAAGAUUUCUCAAGCUUCUAAAAUUCAUCCCCAGGGCUAUUUCCCAUGGUAGCAACUUUAGUUUGUCAGAUUACAUUCACUCUUUAGAUGAACCUUAAACCAAAAUACUGAUUUUGGAAACUAUUUGAUACUAUUUGAGAUGCAGAAUUUUAACUGGAACUACUAAAAGGAUUUUAAGUAUAAACAUUGGAAGCAGUCCCUUUCAGUUCUGAUUUACGAGUAAGUACUGAUUUUAAACUUGCUCCUGAUUUUUCUUCUUUAUUGUCAAACUGGUGUGCUUCAAAAUAUUGAAAGAAUAUUUCAGUUAAAGAAACACAAAACCAACUCCAACUUCCAGGUUUUCAGGUGACUGAAAGCUUUAGUUUUUGGUAUAUCUUGAGGUCAUUUUCAUGCAUGUGUUUUGUGUUGUAUUUUUCUUAAACCCCUUUCUAUAUGGAAUAGUAGCAUGUUCUUUGCAUAUACUGAAAGUACUAUACAGCCUUCACAAAGAUGGUGUCUCAUUACUGAAAUAUUUUCUCAUAUGACUUUUCAUAAAGCUCCAACCCUUGUUCCUCUUGAGAUGUCAAGAUCCAAUGUAUUAUUUCAGAUAGCCGGAUGUAUUAAAUGGCCUCUAUUAAUAACGUUUCCACUGGCUACUAGGACAUGUAAAAUGAUGAUCCAAUACUUCCCACAUCACUGGUAAGAAAAAUCAGUGACACUGCUUAAAGGCAAGGAAGGUUUUAUUUAAGUGACUAAUCUGUUAUAAGAUUUUAAAAACCAGCUCACAUCAAAAUCUUUACCAGUUGUAGAAAUCUUACUCCUUAUUCCAUGCUAAGAAAUUCAUUACUGUACAUUUUUGAAUCUUUACAAGGCAGCCAUAAGAAAUAUAAACACUUGUCACCAGAUAGAACCUUUUCACUGACAAAAAAGAUUUAAAAGUAUGCACCUAAUAAAACUAUAGACUGAAAGAACACAUACAAUUUCAAGUUUCCUUGUAUGAAUUCAGUUGUAAAUGGACUGCCCCUUUCCUCUGCCACAAAUAGAAAAAUAAGUUGUGCAGGAAGCUUGGCUUUCUGUGAGAGGACUGCCAUUAUAGGCCCUACGCCAGUCCUUCCAGAAUUACCUUUUCUGUAAAGCUUGCAAUCUGUAAAUUGCAUUUCAACACUGUAAUCUCUAGUGUACCAUCUCCUAGCACACUCCAGUAAACCUGCCUCUCUCUCUUCCCCACUGCAAAUUCUGUGCAUCCUUACAAAUGAGAAAUGAACUGUCAAAUUUGUUUCAUGUUUCCCGUCUCCCACAGUUACACCGGGUUUUAAAGGUAGCUUAUUGAGAUAAAUACAAAUAGAGAGUAAACUGUAAUCCCUUACCUUGGGCUUGAACUAAAAUGAGGGAAAGAGGAAAUACCAACACCUGACUUCAAUUCCAGAGUCCAUGGCACAGGAUUCUAGCUGCUCCAGGCCAUUUCUUAUUUCUGAAAAAAAGAGCUCUUUUCAUCCAGAAAAAUAUGUUAUUACCUCCAUAUUUAUGGGGGACUGAAUUCAGGAUCAUCUGUAGGAACCUGUAUUUACACUUCAGUGAUUAAACAUCAUGGAAGUUUAAUUACCUUGUUAAACCCACAAUUUCUGCUGAAGCUAUGGACACGGACCAUGAGGAAUCACUGCUCUUAGAGAAGCUGAGGAGGUUGGAAAGCUAUGUGUUUAUGGUAAUUCUAUUCUGCACCAGCUCCAGAUGAGGAUGGAAAGAGCCACUUUCUCCCCUGCAUGCCUGAAAUGAACAAUUCAAUGCAAAAAUCUUGAGUUCAGAUCCCACAUUUUAAACUCUAAUCACAAAAAUUAAGCAGUGUACAAUCUCCUCUCCGUUAUUAGGCUUAUUAAAAAGGUGUCCUUACUCCA